CAUUCUAGUCACAUCUCCCAACAACACCCAGCAACUUGAGUUUUCUGAUUUUGUGUGCAACACUCCCCACUCUUUUUCAAUGGCUGCUGAAACCAUUUCAAGAUUGAAUUACCAGAUCAAAGCCUUCCAUGUGCUGAUCAGCUUCUUUUGUCUAAUGCUUUGUUUUCAGAAAGGCAAUGCAACCCAAUUCACAGUUGGAGGAGAUAAGGGUUGGACUGUGAGUGACAAUGCCAGUGCAUACAACUACAAUCAAUGGGCAGAAAGGACCAGAUUUCAGAUCGGCGACUCCCUGUUGUUUGUGUACAAGCCAGACCAGGAUUCAGUGCUUCAGGUAACCAAGGAAGACUAUGACAAUUGCACUACAACAGCAGCUCUUGCAACCUUCAACGACGGUCACACUGUCUUCACGUUUAAUCGGUCAGGACCUUUAUACUUUAUCAGUGGAAACAAAGAAAAUUGUCUCAAGAAUGAGAAGCUGGUGGUAAUUGUCUUGGCAGACAGAAGCAAUCAUUCUUCAAAUACAAAUGAAACAAUCCCAGCUUCAUCUCCUGCGCCUGCUGCCGAGGCUCCUCCAACAGGAACAGUUGAGAUAAACCCAACUCCAUCUCCUGCUGGCCAGCCACCGAGUGCAGCUUCUUCCACAUUCAUUAGUUUUAUUGGUUCCACUGCAGCACUCUUCGCUUCAUCUCUUAUUUUAGUAUUCUAAGUGAUAAAAUUGCAUUAUCUGGAUUUUCACUGCUUUUUUUUUUUUUUUUUAAAUUUUUUGAUUGUUUUCAUUUUUCCCCCCGGCUCUUGCUUUCUCUAUGAUUAUAUAACACCUUGAGCUCAGUUGUUCUACUGGGAUUUCAGAGGUGUAAUUGAUCCAGGAUAUUUGUUUGUGCUCACGAGAAAUAAGCUGUCAAUUUAUGUACUGUUCGGCUUGUUUAUUGCUUCAUGUAAGAACAUUGUACAUAAGAAAAUAAAUAAAUUUCAGACCGUGUGGUUACAAGAA